AUGGAUUGGCAAGUCUUGGAGCUCAACAUCCAGCAACUCAUCCUCUCUGACCUGGCUGCAAACAUCGGAGAGUCCAAGGAUGACAGCCAGAAUUCAGAUAUCCAGUCGACCGUAGCAUUGGUAGCCGCGAAGGUUGAAACUCGACUUAUAUCGGAGGAGGUACCUGUGCCUGAGAAUCUCCGGGAAGAGAGGGUCUUCAUGCCAAAUUCGAGGAUUCAGUGCAACGUUGGCUUCGCUGAGCUCGCCGUUAAUCUACCAAACUCGCAUGUUAAUGAAACAAUCCCUGUGUUGGUCGAUAUUCUGCGAGACGUUCCAUAUGUCGACUUUGACCAAUGCCUCGCCUGGGAAGAAUGGGCGUUGCCUGACCAAUUGGUGUUUGCGGUUGUCUCUGCGCUUCUCCGCAUCGCCAGUUCCCACCCUGCACGUCGCGAAGUAGUCAUGCAGGCUCUGCAGAACUUCGUUAUGAACAUUGUCUCAAAGCUGAAUACAGGAGACUCUGUGGAUGUGCUUACACAAUACGCACCGUCAUUUCAUGGCUUGUACAGAGCCAUCAUAUCCAUGUCGUUUGACUGGACAACUGACGAAUGGUCAAUCUUGUCUGGCCAUCUGAACUCCCUCUUUACUACGGACGUUGUUGACCGUCUUAACCGACUGCUAGUCGACGUAAUACCUGCAAAAGGCUACGACCCAGAGGAGAUUCAUUACAUCCAGACCCUCGUUUCUCGUUAUGUCUCCCGUGGUAGACCACUGAGCGGUUACUUCAUCCAGUGCUGCGUAAUAGAGGCACAGUGGACUAUCCUCGCGCAGGCGUUGGUCUGCCACGAUGCUGCAUACGCCGCAGUAUAUCCAGCCACUGUCGAAGCCGCUGCCGCGAACAAAGCCUGGCAAACUCUGUCGCGACGUGCCAUAACGGAGUCCAAGAUGGCUGAGGGAACGUACCGAAUUAUGCUGCAGACCACGUUCGGACACGCGACGCAAUGCUUCACUUAUCUUAUCUUGCAGAUAGAAGAAAUGGAGUCUGAUCCUUCGGAAGACAGUUACGCUUGGGAGACCAUGUCCGAAAGCUUGAAAUUGGCUGCCGUAUGCUCAUCCGCAUUGGGAGAACUGGACAAGGGUCUCUACUCUCGUCUGAAAUUGUUACUCAGUCCGGAGUCUCAGGUUUGCGACAACAUGGUGCAGGAAGCUGCGCUCAAGUCAACCGCAAUCCUUGUUCGCAACUUCCCAGAGGUUGCUCUUGACAUGGCCAGCCACCUUCGUCGUUUCGUAACGUCCCCAUUAUCUAUAUUCGAAUUCGAAUUUGUAACGGGAACGCGUACACCUCCUCCCCUUGUGGCAGCCGCGAAGUGUCUUGCUCUAUGCAUUGACCUGGCUGUUGGAGAUGACCUCGUCAUGUCUCACAUGUAUUCCCUUUUGAACUACGUCGCCGCAACCAGCAAGGAUAGCUAUGAGAGCUCACUCACGAUUACCAGUUCACUGGGCGAGGUUGCGGACUUGGCUACCUUGCAUUCGGUUGAGACAGGGCUGCGUGGUUUGACAGAGGAUGAGAAGAGGACCGUCGGAAUCAGUACCAUCUCGGUCGCAACCAGAUUGGCACUCGAGUUUCGGUCUGAAGAGGUCACGCGUUUGACUACUUCGAUGUUACUGCAACGAUUGCGAACAGCGGAGCCUACUGUCGAAGCUGCCAUUGCCUACAAUCUCGUGGAUCUCGCUUUGAUAGCGCCAGAGAGUUCCUUCGUCGAUAUCAUACGCGCUUUCUCUUCCAUCAAUCGUUCUGCCAAUCUGGAUGAUCCGAGAUUCUCUAACAACAUGGUUCUAGCCGCCCAGACAAGACUUGCACAAGAGCUGCAUCACCGGCCAGAGCUGUACGAAGUGUAUCUUGUAGAAUUGUUGACGCUCUUUGCGGAUAAGGCUGUUGCCAUCCAGAACGUCGCAAUAUCCAACCAUCAAGCCAAGAUGGAAGACAUGAUUGAACAACUUGGGUCCCUUCUUCUGCCCAUAGAUGCACUUCUCAGCCAUAGCGAUAUGAAGCUGGACCCCGACACCCGCUCCAACAUCGUGACGUUGUUCCGCAACAUGUGGUUCCUGUGUGUCCUCUUCCAAUUUACAGCUCCUGGGAACAAGGAGCAGAUAGCUAUGGACUGGCAACAGCCGGCGUUGGCCCGCAUCGCUGUCAAGACUCCUGCCAUCGUGCUGGAGGAGGCCCAUGAUACCAUUGUCAGUGAUCUGGAGUAUAACACUGUGAUCCGCCAGGAAUACGUAGAGACUGUCGUUGCGAAACAUCGUGCGCUGCUUACGAAACACAUACCUCAGCGCAUCGGGGAGGUUCGCUAUCUCUUGCCAGGGCAGAUCAUAUUCCUGCUUUGUAUGCACGACAUGGAGAGCAUGCGUUCGGCUGCUGGAUUUCCUUCGUCCUUGAUAGCGUAUUUCGUCAACAACGGUCUCAACAAGAACGUCGGACUUCAUACUUGCAUGGAAGCGAUAGCAGAAAAGGUUAUUCGAGGUUGUAUAAUUGAUCUCAAUGGUCAAGCCGCAAAGCAAGCUUUGCCACCAACCCUUUCGCAAGAGUUGCGUGGAUUGCUCGUAUGUAGCACGCAUCGUGUCGAGGAGGCCCGGGAUAUCUCAUCAAAGUAUCUUAACCGGUUGAUCACUUCAUUCCCUUCCUUGAUGUGUGAUCCAGCCCUUGUGAUUGCUGUGCUGGAGGUCCUCACGCUUCUACGACGAGCUUCUGAAAAUCAGUUUGUUGAUGAAGAUAACCCGGUUUACCUCUACCGAUCUGAUAAAGCAGACUUGACUUUACAGUUGCCUGAUAAUUACGCUGCGCGCGACCACAUGUUGUCUCAUUUGCAACGGGAUGCAAAUACUUGGUUUGAAUUAGCUCUGAGUAGGGCCCCGAUGGAGCUAUAUUCCACACUGCAGAAAUAUCUUGCCGUUAAUCAAGUGUUGUCUGUGACGGACUCCUCAGAGCUCGGAGCUUCUAUGGCUGUUCAUUUCGGCAAGGCAAUUGGACCUAUAGACCGCAAACUUACAUCAUUGUCAACACUAUCUGCUUGGAAGCCUGACCGUGCGAAAGUCAUGGCGAGUCAAGUGGCAUCCAAGAGUUAUUUCAAAGGCGAAGUAACUGGAUUCCGCUUUGGUACUUUUGUCGCUUCUCAGAAGGAUGAUUUCUCGUCCGAAUAUGUACCUGCCCAAGAGAUCGAGGCGCUCAAAUCCAGGAUGACAGAAGCGAUGCAGGAUAUCAGAGAAAAGAAGAAAACACUCACCGUUCAAGAUCUGAAACGUCUGUUGUUCCGGUGUGCUGCAGCUCUCAUAUUCGCGGACAAGCGCGAAUAUGAUCUGUUGCAUUACCUUGUAGCCCUGCCAUUUGAAGCCUUUACACCUUCCUCAAUAACUGUCGGGAUUGAGGCUUGGUCGUGGGUGAUCGCAGAAAAGCCCGACGAUGAGAUUGCGUUGAUGUCUGAAAUAUGCUCUGCAUGGGCUGGUUCGAUAAAACAUGAAAAGGGCAUGUUCUCUCGGAGUAUGAACCAUGGAGAUCCCUUCCUUCACGCCAUCGAAUACAGUCCAACGGACAAGGACGUCAUCGAUCAUGGCGCGUCGAAUGCAAGCUGCAAGGUAUCGCCGACCGGGCCUGAUGCUGCUCAUUCAGCGCAUGGCCUUAGCAUCCGCUCGCGCUCACCGUUGUUUCAGGUUGAUACCCACCCUCUUGCACGGGAAGCCAUCUUCUCGUUCUUACUGUUCGGCUUUGAGACUCUGAAGAGUUCCCACUUGGAUAUAUAUUGUGAACACGCAUUGAGGUUGAACCUUUACCGCGCCGCAUAUUCGUGGUUCAGCGUGCGUCCACAGUGGUCGUACGGCGCAAAUCGCGUACAGAUUGAUGCCGAUAUUAAGCUGCUAUCGGAAUUUCUCUCGUACCUGCAGGCUGAUUCCAUUCGAGGUUACCAAACCAUUUCGAGCUUAUCUCCUGCUCAGUCUCCAUCACAGAACGCUGCCUACAUGGCAUCUCUCAAAAAUCUCAACCUUCCUCUUCGGUUAUUGAUUGAGAAUGAGAUCUCUAGAUUGACUGUGUGGGCGAAUCCAAUCAAUGAUCCGAACAGAGGGUCGGAUUAUCUUACGGCCAUCGAGAAAACGAUGCUUGACAGCUCCUGGAUUAGCACUGUUCGUAGAACAUGGGAGAUUGAUCCCGCCAUAGCAGUGUUCUUGACGGAACGUUUCAACAACUCCACAAUUCACAGUGAAGUCGCUAAGCUGGUCCGCUCAAGCACUCUUGAUGUGCUCGAUGUUCCGGAGGCGCUAAGUUUCCUCGUCGGAGAGAGAUUGGAUAGAAGCGUUCGGCGGGAUCUGAAAUAUAUCCUACUAUGGGCUGCUGUUCCUUCCGUCUUGGCCAUCAGUUACUUCGAACGACGCUAUAGCAACGAGCCUCUGCUCUUGCAAUAUGCUCACCGAGUCCUUGAACAACAUCCGGUUGAAGUGACAUUCUUCUUCGUCCCUCAAAUUGUUCAAGCUCUUCGUUACGAUACUCUCGGUUAUGUUGCACGCUUUAUUUUCGAGACUGCCAAGAUAUCCCAGCUCUUCUGUCAUCAGAUUAUUUGGAACAUGAAGGCCAAUUGUUACAAGGAUGAUGCUGGGGAAAUCGAAGAUCCGGUGAAACCCAUCCUAGAUCAGAUGACAGAUUCAGUCGUGGCUUCCCUGUCUGGCGAAGCAAGAGAAUUCUACGAUCGUGAAUUCGGGUUCUUCCGUGAAGUGACAUCGAUUUCAGGCAAACUCAAGCCGUUCAUCAAGAGAACAAAGCCAGAGAAGAAGGCUAAAAUUGAUGAAGAAAUGGCCAAGAUCCGCGUCGAAGUUGGAGUGUAUUUGCCUAGUAAUCCUGACGGUGUAGUCGUCGAUAUCGACAAGAAGUCAGGGCGUCCAUUGCAGAGUCAUGCCAAGGCACCUUUUAUGGCCACGUUCAAAGUGCGGAAGACAAAGGCGGUUAUUGACGCUGAUCCCGAUAAUUUACUGGAAGAGCAAGAAACUGAGAACUUAAGGGAAUACGAAGUUUGGCAACAGGCGAUCUUCAAGGUCGGCGACGAUUGUCGUCAGGAUGUUCUGGCCCUUCAGGUUAUUGCGAUGUUCAAGAACGUCUUCCACAGUGUCGGCUUAACGUUGUAUCUCUAUCCGUACCGGGUCACUGCGACAGCACCUGGGUGCGGUGUCAUCGAUGUGGUGCCUAACGCAACGUCUCGAGAUGAGAUGGGGCGAGCAAAAGUAAACGACCUUCUAGAUUUCUUCAUCGCCAAAUACGGCGGAGAAGACACAGUCGAGUUCCAGAAAGCUCGCUUGAACUUCAUUCAAUCGAUGGCCGCAUAUUCCGUUGUGUGUUAUAUUCUACAGGUGAAGGAUCGCCAUAACGGCAACAUCAUGAUUGAUGGAGAGGGUCACAUUAUCCACAUUGACUUUGGGUUCCUGUUCGACAUAGAUAAGCAUUCUGUUCUCCUCCCGUGA